UUUUGUUUUAAUUAUAAAGGAAAAAGAAAAGAAAAGAACUAGUAUUUUAUUUUGUGAGUUACCUGGGUAAAAAGCUUGAACUCAAUUGUUAUUCCUUUUUUUUUUUUUUUUUUAAAUGAAAAAGAAAAAGAAAAAGAAAAAGAUAAAGAGAGAGACAGAGAGAGAGAGAGAGAGAAGAAGGUCCUCUUACCAUUCACUUUGAAUACAAGUCAAGGUCUUUCCAGCACCGGCAAUAGCAGCCAAACCCACUUUAACUUCUCUGUUGUGUGGAAAAGAAUGGUUGUGUGGUCUUAAAUCACAUACUUCAUCAGGAGAUUACCUUUGCCAGCUUGCAAAGGCGCCCCUUAAUAGUUUUGUGGGCAGUGCAAUGUUGAUGACCUCCCUGUUUGUUUGUUUCAAAGUGUAUAGAGUUAAUUGAGAGCUUCUGAAGAGGGAGGUUAACAGUUUCUUCCAACCAUUAUUGAUCCCGCAGAAAGAGUGAGAGAUGGAAACUGGUGUGGAUCUAUUGGUGGAGAACCUGAUGAAGCUACUAAACACCGAUGAUGAAUUGGUUGUGAAGGCUUAUGGGGAGAACCGCAUCCAGAAGGAGCAAAUCCAAUGGUUCUACCAGGAGAUGCAAUUCAUGCGGAUGUUUCUCAAGGAUUCAGAGGACAGAUGGAAGGAAGAACGUGAGAAGGAACUGAAAGAUGUUGUGGCUAGAAUUAUAGAUGUGACUGGUGAGGUAGAUGUCAUUGUGGACUCAUUCAUACUCAGCCCACACUUUCGGAAACAUAUGGAUUUAGCACUCCAGCAUCAUAGAAGAGAACCUCGUAGAAGCAUCCGUAAAGAAAUUAGGUAUAGAGUUAAGUUGUUUUUGUCCUCAGUAGAAAAGAUACUAAAGUCUUACAUGCCCAUCAAAAAUCAUCCAAACUGUAGUACUUCAUCGCUGGAGCAUGGUGUUUUAUCUGAAUAUUUUAAGUCUGUCACUGAAAAUAUUGUCUGUCUGGCUAACAAAAUUUCUGAUUUGCUUAAAACUUUGGAAGAAGAUCUUCUUUCUUUCUAUGGAAACUGCCUAGAGAUUAGCGGGAUUUUCAGCGGGAUUGAGUGUGGCCCUCCUGUGAACAAGUGCCUAUUUUUUCGUCGGAAAUUCAUGAAAGAAAUUGUGUCCAUUAAGACAAAGAAAUUUUACCUAUCCUUUCAUUCCCAGUCGCACCCUCUUCAGGAAUUAUCACAACGUCUAUCCCAAGUCCUGAUGAUGGGAUCAAGACUCGCAUGCCCUGCGUUUUGCAAGCCUAAUGACUGCCUUUUCCUCUCCAAUAUGUUGAAACAGAUGGCCUACGAGGCAGGGAGACAGCUUGGUUCCGUUUGUGUUGCCAUAAAAGAUAUAAAGUCUAUCAAGACAAUGGCGAAGACAAUGGCGAAGAAAGGAUUGAGUGCCACAUGGUUCGAUCCUCGCAGUACUGUUGAAUUGGGGCCUCUUUUAGAUUUGUCUGUGCGAAUGGUCGAGCAGGCUGAGAAAAUUCGUAGGGGCUAUGGCGGUGUCCUGGCAGAAAUCAAGUGUAUCAAGAGGGAGGUGAUGAAAAUUAAUGACAGCGGGAUGAGUAUCUCAGGGAUCUAUGGAUCUUUUGCACCUGAUAAAGUUAGUUAUGUGAUAGAAGAGAUCAAGUCUAUCAAGACACACUUGGUGGAGAUUUAUGAAAAUAAAAUGUAUGGCACUGGAGUACUCCAAAUUGGGGAGUCUUCCGAGAGAGCUUCAACAAGAGCUCCCAGAUCCAUAGUUGAUGAAGAAAUCGUAGUGGGUUUUGAUGAUGAGAAAACAACCGUAGAGAAGCUGCUUGUCGAAGAGCAUGAGAGGCAACUAAAAGUCAUAUCCAUUAUCGGUAUGCCUGGACUCGGUAAGACAACUCUGGCUAAAAUAAUCUACAAUGGUGAUUACAUAGUAGUGCAUGGACCUACGUGUCACAAGCUUAUCAAAAGAGAGAUCUUUUGAGUAGCAUUUUGUGCUCUACUUUCAAUUUGAAGGAUGAAAUUUCUGAAUUGAGCGAUGAAGAGUUAGGUGAAAAGUUGUACAAACGCUUAAAGGGAAAUAAAUAUCUCAUUGUCAUGGAUGAUAUAUGGGAUAUUGAAGCCUGGGAUGAUUUUAGAAAAUAUUUUCCAGACGACUACAAUGGAAGCAGAAUUUUGUUCACCAGUCGGGUUUUGGAUGUGUCUAGGCAUUUUAGAUCUCACCCUUUGCGCUUUCUAAAUGAAGAUGAAAGUUGGGAUCUAUUUAGUGAGAGGGUAUUUCAGAAAGAAAAUUGCCCUGCGGAGUUGAUGGAAAUUGGAAAGCAAAUUGCUAAAAAAUGUCAAGGAAUUGUUGUAAUUGCUGGACUUCUCAAAAAAAACGACAAGACAUUAGAGUGGCGGAGACAUGUUGCUAAAAGUGUUAGUUCAUGUAUUGUUAGUGACCGAGACCAAUACAUGGACACACUAGCACUGAGUUACAACCAUUUACCUCGUCACCUAAAAUCGUGCUUCCUUUAUUUCAGUGCAUUCCCAGAAGACUAGGAAAUCCCGGUGCGGAAGUUGGUUUCGUUAUGGAUUGCUGAAGGAUUUAUACGCCAAAUUGGACAGAGAAUCUUGGAAGAUGUGGCAGAGGGUUACUUGAUGGAUUUAAUUGAUCGAAGUUUGGUCUUGGUUGUCAGAAGAAAGUCUACAGGUGGAAUCAAAUCAUGUCGUGUCCAUGAUUUGUUGCAUGAUUUAUGCUUAAAAAAAGCAGUGGAAGAGAAUUUUCUGCAACAAAUUUGCUGGUAUGAAGAAGUUUCGUCUUCUGGUUUCACCGCAGAUAAGCAACUUUUCCUACCUAUUGCAGCAAAGCAAUGCCGCUUGUGUGUCCGUUCUCCCAUUUUUGGUGGCAUUUCUUCAGAGUUUUCUGCUCAGCACAUCCGCUCUUUCUUGUACUUUGGCUCUGAAAAGAAUCCAAUACGUCCUAAGGAUAUUUCAUUCCUUGAACGAGGCUUCAAUCUUCUUAGAGUUUUGGAUUUAUCAAGCAUCAGUAUCUCCCAAUUUCCCUGCUCAAUCGCUCAGCUAGUUCUCCUGAGAUACUUGGCGAUUAAAGGGAAAGAAUUUCAUCUGCCGGAUAAUAUAUCCGAAUUUCAGAACCUAGAAACUCUUAUUGUGUCAGGGCAAUUGGAUUUCUUGCCAAUUAGUGUUUGGAAGAUGGUAAAGUUGAGGCAUUUAUGUAUUGGAGGGGGAAAUCUUAUUCCAGAUUCACUAGACAUGGACAUAUAUUCUCUCGAUGGCCUACAAACCAUCUCACAGGUAUGUCCUUCUAAAGGAUGCCAGAAAGUCUUAACAAGGACUCCAAAUCUUCGAAAGCUGGUGCUCUGUGGACGUUUUGAGUUGGAGGACAGACCAUCUCAACAAGGACUACAAACCAUCUCACAGGUAUCCUCUGGUUUUUGGUUUCCUGAGCUAGAGUUCCUAGACCACCUUAAAGUAUUGAAGUUGUUCAAUCGGUUCAUUCCUGCCAACCGCACAUACAAUCUCCAAGGCGUUAAGUUUCCCCCAAAUCUUAAAGAGCUUACUUUAUCAAAAACUAAUUUAGCAUGGGAGGAAAUGUCAAUCAUUGGGUCAUUACCCAACCUUGAGUCUCUAAAUUAGAAUUCCAGGCCAGUGUCGGACCACUGUGGGAAACAAGUGAUGGAGGGUUUUGUCGGCUCAAAUUCUUGAGGUUUUACUACAUGAAUAUUGAGCAAUGGAAUGCCUCCAGCAAUCAUUUUCCCGUCCUUGAGCGUUUAGUUUUGCAUAGAUGUCGUAAACUCAAGAAGAUCCCAUCUGAUUUAGGAAUAUAGACGCACUACAGAUGAUUGAGGUAAGCUGUUGUAGCGACUCCAUGAUAUAUUCUGCCAAGCAAAUUCAGGAAUACCAACUGGAGAUGGCAAAUGAAUUCCUGAAGAUCCAUAUAGUCAGUCCCCUGGAUUGGGAGCUCACGCAAUAAGCUUUGAUGAGUGCUGGCAUAGGAUUUUAGUUCAAGGCAUCAGAAUUCAUUUUGAAGUAGGUGUUAAUCCAAACUGAAGCAGUACAGUUUUCAGUUUCAUUUGUUGGAAUUCAAAACAGAUUCUCCAUUUUACAGUGUAUGGGAUGUUCCAAAGAAGUCUAGUUUCUGUAUCUGUAUCACAAGUUCCGAAAUGGAGAUGGUGCAACUAAUAAAGAGAUGAAGCUGGUCUGCAUGGACAUCUCUGGAUCCACAUAUCUGGACUUAUGUUAUCAUUUUUAUCCUUGUUGCAACAGCUAGGUGUUCUGGCUUCUAGUUGUUCCUGUUGUUUUUGUACUUACUGUUUCCGAAAAUGUUUAUUACAAGAUUUGAACUUAUUAUCUUUGUUUUUGUACUUGCUGCUUAUUGUCUGGGAACAAUGCUAUUAUGUGGUUUGUAAUUUA